AUGCCGGCUCUCUACUCGGCCCUGGACGAACGGGCCCACAUGGCCAUGGCCCCGCACCUUGCCCAACGCAGCCUAAGCGUCGACCAUACACAGGCAAUAACGCUAGGUAUCAUGGCUGUCUAUGUGGUUGUUAUCGCACUACUCUGGAACCUGCCAUACCUUCGCUACUCACUAUGGCCCUUCAAGAUGUUGGUUAUCGCUUUCCAUGAAUUCGGACAUGCGAUCACAGCAUGCUGCACAGGUGGAAGGGUUGAAUCUAUUUCGCUUGAUCCCCAUGAAGGAGGCGUCACUCAUAUGCGAGGUGGAAUGUCUGCGAUCACUCUACCGGCGGGAUAUCUGGGAUCGUCCAUCAUCGGCGCUCUUUUGAUCUUCGCUGGAUUCGAUAUCGUGGCUAGCAAAGUUGCGAGCUUCGUUUUGGGAGUUUGCUUUCUUUUGACACUUUGGUGGGCGCGGAAAGAUUGGUUGACUAUUGGGACUAUUCUGCUUGCGAUCGGCUUGUUGAUUGCUUGCUGGUUCAUCGCCCAUGCUGAAGCCUUGAGGUGGUUCGUGCUUUUCAUCGGUGUCAUGUCUUCUCUCUAUAGCGUGUGGGAUAUUUGCGACGAUCUCAUCCUCCGCAAAGUCAACAGUUCUGAUGCUAGCGUGUUCGCCAAGAAAUACGGAGGAUCUUCACAAUGCUGGGGUGUCAUCUGGUCCUUCAUCUCUCUUGCAUUCAUGGCUAUCGGAAUCAUUGGCGGAAUCGCUGCAUUCCCCCAGUCCUUCAGCCAGCAAGAGAAAGACUCACAGAGUUUCAUUCCCACCUUUUGA